AGCAGCUCCAUCAGCCACUUCCUCCUGCUGGCAUUGGCAGACACGUGGCAGCCUCCCUCCAUCUCCUCCACAUCUCUGGAACUGGUGGUGUCAUUUCUGUACUCGGUGGUGCUUCCAGCCCUGAACCCCCUCAUCUACAGCCUGAGGAACAAGGAGCUCAAGGCUGAAAUGUGGACACUGAUGACUGGAUGCUUUCAGGAACAUUAA